AUGGAUGAAACCAUGAAGCAAUCCAAGCACGAGGGAACAGAGAACACCAAAACUCGUGACCCUCUGAGCACAUCUCAAUCUACUGUUAGUGACGGUAGAAAGGUCCUCAUCAUCGGCGCUGAGGAAGAGCCCAAUCGCAAACGAAACUGGAGUAUAGGACUACACUGGGGCUAUGAGUCGUUGCAAUACCUUGUGCCCGCAGACAUUUUGGCUGGACUCGAGCAGGCGCAGGUCGACCCGCACAUCCCCAUCACGGAUAAUUCUCCACUCCCCAUGAUCAACGGUGAGAGUGGAGCUCUUAUCGCCGAGCUAGAGUCUUCCAAAGUGUAUCGCCUCCGCCGAGAUAAAUUCCGGGCAAUGUUACUCCAAGGCCUCAACGUGCAGUGGGGGAAACGCCUCUCAGGUAUUACUCACUCCCCUGAUGGCAAUCAUGUCACUGCAAGGUUCGCAGAUGACACAGAAGUUACUGGUAGUCUGCUGAUUGCCACCGAUGGUCCACACUCGACCACACGUACAGCGCUGGUUGGGGAAGAAGCUGCCAAAGUGACGCCCAUUGAUUUCGCCUCGACCAUGUGCUACACCCAGCAUACGCGUGAGCAUGCUCUUUUCCUACGUGUUCAUCCCCACCAUCCAUUGUACCAAGUGGGCCCUCAUCCCGAGGGUUAUUUUGCCUGGUUGAGCCUCCAUGAUGGAGACGAUAUCAACCAUCCGGAAAACUGGACCUUCUUCCAUUAUAUCUCCUUCCCAGAACCGCGAAAUCAUGUCAAUAAGCGAACGAUGCGGGAACAUGCUGAGCACCAGAAGGAGUUGGCCCGUCGGUUUGUCGACCCCUGGCGCAGUAUCUUUGAGUGGAUGGACCCCGAUAAUGAGGUGUGGUAUGCCAAGCUUCGAAACUGGGACCCAAGUCUGCCGGAGCAUCAGUGGGAUAAUCUCCAGGGUCGAGUAACUCUGGCAGGUGAUGCUGCUCAUCCGAUGACUUUUCAGCGUGGGCAGGGGCUUAACCACGCUAUGAAGGACGCUUACUCCGCAUGUAAGGCAAUCGAGUCAUUCUGGAACCAGGGUGACUUCACCAUUGAGGAACGUGCUGCCGCCAUACAGAUGUAUGAGAAAGAGAUGAUAAUGCGGACAGGUGAGGAAGUUCGUAUGAGCGAGGAAACCACUGUGAAGAUGCACAAUUGGGCCACUGUUAUGCAAAGUCCCUUGGUGAAAAAAGGGCUCAAGACCAAGUAG